GCGCCCCACCCCUCGGCGGUUGCCACGGAGACGGGGCUGUUUACCAGCUGGUCGCAGCCAGGCACAGGAGGCGGAUGGAGCUGAGCUGCGAGGGGUCCUGAGAAGCAAUGGCCACAGAAGCCCCUGUGAACCUAGCACCACCUGAACGCAGCACCGUGGUCGGUACCUCAGCUGACAGCUUCAUCUGGCAGCCCAGCCCACUCAGGAUGCACGUCAUCAGGCCCAAGUCCGCCAAGGGCCGGAAGCGGCCGAAUCUGCACAGACCUCAAGGCGUGGGUGACGGUUCUCCCAGUGCGCUGUCCGCUUCGCCUCCACCACGUUCCUCCGGGUCCUCGAGCAGCCAGAAAGCAGGAGGCUGUGCACCCGUCUCCCCAUCUCCGGGAGCCCCUGAUGAGAUGCCCGAGCUGCUGCCUCAGGUGCUUGUCGGCACCACCUCAUCUCUCAAUAAGUACCCAGUCCUCCCUUCCAUCAACAGAAGGAGCCUGGAAGAUGGGGCUGUGGACACGGUGGCCAGGAAGGCCAGUUCUCUGCAGCUGAGUAGUGUGCAGGCCCUUUACCAGGAGGAGGCCGGCACCACUGUAAAGUCAAGCCAAGAAGAUUCCCGAGCCCAGGUCUGUGCCUUAGAGAAGAAGUUCAUCAUCCGAACCAAGAGACAGAGUUCCUCUGGGUCCUCAAACAUGGAGGAGCCAACAGAGCAAGAGCCGAGGCUGCUGCUGGCCAUCAGGUCACCCUCAGGCCAAAGGUUCGUGCGCUACUUCAGGCCCAGUGACAAUCUACAGACUGUCCUCGCAGUGGCUGAGCAGAAAAACAAAGCCACCUACCAACACUGCAGCAUCGAAACGAUGGAGGUGCCCAGGAGACGUUUCUCUGACCUCACCAAGUCCCUGCAGGAGUGUGGCAUCCUCCAUAAGUCCGUGCUGGGCAUCUCCCAGGAGGAGGGAGAGGGGUGACCUUGAGCCCACAGCACCAGGCUGGGGCCCCAGGUCUUUGAGCAAAGAGAAUGUUGGGCGGGCUGCAGCCUCCCAUACAGCCUGGUUUCAAGCGCCACAUGAGCCCAGUGAAGCUCAGACCCUAGGGCCUUGUCUGUAUAGCAUCAUCUGUGGAGGCAGGGACACAUCUACACGUGGGCUGAGCCCCCUGGGAAACUCCCUUCUAGCCCCACAUUCCACCACUGCAGCCACAGGGGAGUUCUAUGGCUGUUCCCAGAAAUGACUGUGGCCAGGACUUCUCCUCCCAGAACUGGUUCCUUCUGGAGCACCUGCUGCCCGGGCAGUGAACUCCGGGUCUCUCUUGAAGCCAAGCUUUUGCUUCUCUGUAUCUGACACGAGAUUAACCACUUCCCAGAGAGGAUUCUAGUCUAGCAAAUAACCAGGGUUUAGGGGUCAUGGAACUGACAUUGUGUUUCUUGCAGUAUGGUAAGAAACAGGCUGUGGGUCCGGUGUUUGGAAGCAGCCUCCCUCCUGAGCUGCAGGAGUGGGGAUCCCCGGGGAUUCCUGUGGGCGUGAGGCAGCAGCAAAGCGAAGAACUCUUCUGCUGUCCCCCAACACACAUACAGUUCUCCAAUGUCCUAGAGCUAGCCCGAAUAAAUUGCCUCUAUAGUCAUGGGCUA